AUGGCGGGCCGAAUUGCAGGCAAGCUCCUGGCAGCAUCCGCCCUGUGCGGUGCCGUUCUCGCCGCUCCGGCACAGGACCAGCAAGUCGUUCUUGGAGGUGUUGCGGACUUGACUCGUGUUCGUGACGAGCUCUCCAAGGCUCAGAUUAUUCCAACAGUCAUCGAUGACUUUGAGCCCAUCCUGGGUCUCUCGGCCGAGUGGGACUCGUCAAACGCUGCAGACCUUGGCAACACGUUGAAGCCUGCCGAUCUCCAGUCGGCGCCGUCGGUGUCUCUCGUCAAGGGCUCGGGCUUUCCCGGCAUCCGCAUCACCACCACAUACGUCCUCACUCUGACAGACCCGGAUGCUCCCUCACGCGACAACCCCAAAUGGUCUGAAUUCUGCCACUGGAUUGCUACUGGCGUAUCGAGUUCAUCUGCCGGUGCCAAGCCGGCCGUUGAGGACGUCGUCGAAUACAAGCCUCCCGGUCCUCCGGCCAAGACUGGCAAGCACCGUUACGUCUUCCUUGUCUGGGUACCGGCCAAUGGCACGACCGAGAGGCUAAACUUGUCCAAGCCGGAAGAGCGCAAGCACUGGGGUGGAGAAGAGGGUGGUGGCGUGAGGAACUGGGCCAAGGAGAACGGUCUUAUUCCUGUCGCUGCAAACUUCAUCUAUGCCCAGAACGAAAAGCAGUAG